UACGAUUACCGAUACAGGUGCUCGGUUGGUUCUUACGAUCCGAUCGGAGCGGUUCGAGCCGAUGAAGAACACAGCGGUCAGCUCCGGCGUCAGCGUCCCAAUCCGACACGUAACCUCUACGCAAUUUUUUGAAACUGCUCUAUCGCUCUCUUCCUACUGACUUUCCUUUUCUUAUAUAAAUCCACUCCUCUCCCUCCCUUCUAUCUGUGAUCCGUUUUCCGUCCGUUCCCCGAACCAAUAACCGCAGAAAUAUUCAUCCAGAUAUGGAAUCCGCGACGGAAGGCAUUUCCAAGCUCGGCAUCAAUGGCGAUUUCGCGUCCUCCGUCCCUAAUCUGCACAAGAACCUCUCGCUUCUGUCACCUGACCAGAUUGAGUUGGCGAAAAUGCUUGUGGAGAUGGGACAGAGUCAUUUGUUCAGCCACUGGCCGGAGUCAGGGGUGGACGAUGGCGAGAAAAAAGCAUUCUUCGAUCAGGUGGCGCGGCUGAAUUCAAGCUAUCCGGGAGGUCUAGCAUCUUAUAUCAAAACAGCCAGGGGACUCUUGGCUGACUCCAAAACGGGGAAGAACCCUUUCGAUGGGUUUACACCUUCAGUUCCAACAGGAGAGAACCUGAGCUAUGGUGACGAAACAUUUAUGAAAUUUGAGGAGGCAGGUGUGAAGGAAGCUCAGAAUGCAGCAUUUGUGCUUGUUGCUGGCGGGCUUGGGGAGCGCCUUGGUUACAAUGGUAUUAAGGUGGCUCUUCCACGAGAGACUACAACAGGAGCUUGUUUCUUACAGCACUACAUUGAAAACGUUCUCGCCCUUCAGGAAGCUAGCUGUAAAGUCACUGGAGGUCAAUCUAAAAGGGACAUUCCGUUUGCGAUCAUGACAUCAGAUGACACACAUGCACGUACAAUGCAGCUUUUGGAAUCUAACUCAUACUUUGGGAUGAAACCUGCUCAGAUAAAACUUCUUAAACAGGAGAAAGUUGCAUGCUUAGAAGAUAAUGAUGCUAGGCUUGCUUUGGAUCCUCAAAACAAGUUCAGAAUUCAGACAAAACCUCACGGUCAUGGUGAUGUUCAUGCGCUUCUUUACUCAAGUGGGGUACUUGAAGAAUGGCAGCGUGUUGGUGUGAGGUGGGUUCUAUUCUUUCAAGACACCAAUGGACUUCUCUUCAAGGCAAUUCCAGCUUCAUUGGGAGUCAGUGCCACGAAAGGAUAUCAUGUUAACUCGCUUUCUGUUCCUCGCAAAGCUAAAGAAGCUAUUGGAGGAAUCGCUAAGCUUACUCAUACAGACGGAAGGUCAAUGGUGAUCAAUGUAGAGUACAAUCAACUUGACCCAUUGCUGAGAGCAACUGGGAAUCCUGAUGGAGAUGUUAACUGUGAAACUGGCUAUUCUCCUUUUCCAGGAAACAUCAACCAGUUGAUUAUGGAACUUGGUCCGUACCUUGAGGAGCUGAAGAAAACUGGAGGAGCUAUAAAGGAGUUCGUUAAUCCAAAAUACAAAGAUGCCAGUAAAACUGCCUUUAAGUCAUCCACCCGUCUGGAGUGCAUGAUGCAGGAUUAUCCAAAAACCUUACCUUCAUCAGCAAGGGUUGGAUUUACAGUUAUGGAUGCAUGGGUUGCUUAUGCUCCAGUUAAGAAUAACCCUGAGGAUGCUGCCAAGGUGAGUCUGAUGUUUUCUGAGUAAAAUUUUAUUCUAUUGAUGUUUGAGGAAAUUAGACACUGUUAGGAGUUUGGUAGGUUUAGGUCUCAAAUGAUAUAUGGAAGGAAGAAAGGAAGUGGCUGUCUCCUGCCAUUCAAAUAGUAUAGAAGUUAGGCUUAUUUGUGCUUGUUUCCCACUUCGAUGGACAACUAACUUCAUCCACUUGAUCCCUUAUUUUAAAAGAUGGAUUUACAUUCAAAUUUCAUGGUUUCUGUUUCUGUUGAUUUCUGCCCGUCUUCUAAAUCCAAUCUUCGUUUCCUCCAUUGGAAUAUAAUUUUUGCUCUUAAUAAAAGGUUAUUUAAUGAAGGUACCCAAAGGCAAUCCAUAUCACAGUGCAACCUCUGGAGAAAUGGCAGUCUAUCGUGCAAACAGCCUCAUUCUCAGAAAGGCUGGCGUGCAAGUAGAAGAUCCAGUGAAGCAGGAAUUCAACGGGCAAGAGGUGGAAGUGUGGCCUCGUGUUGUAUGGAAGCCAAAGUGGGGGCUAACAUACGCAGAUGUCAAGAAGAAAGUUGCUGGAAGUUCCUCCAUUUCCCUAAAGUCUACCUUAGCUCUUAAAGGUCGUAAUAUAUUCAUAGAAAAUAUCUCGUUAGAUGGAGCUCUUGUGGUCGAGUCACAUGAUGAAGCUGAGGUGAAAGUAGGGGGUUCGGUCAAGAACAAGGGUUGGGCCAUUGAGAAAGUGGACUACAAGGAUACCUCAGUACCUGAGGAGUUGAGAAUCAGAGGGUUCAGAUUCCAGCAAGCCGAGCAGCUCGAAAAGCAGUACACCGAACCUGGGAAAUUCGAGUUGAAAGCUUGAGCACUUAAAUCACAGAAUGCAAGAACAACAACGAAUAGGAGAUUUCUUCAGGUUGGACGUGUUCUGCUUCCCUCUUUUAGAUGCAUUUUGGCAUUCUAUCACUGUGGCAAUGCACAAAUAAAAGUAGAAAUAUUGUUUUUUUUUUUUUAAAUAGGCCUGUCAAAAGUGAUGGUUGACCACAUCGUACAGGAAAUUCUUCUGUGAUCAUCUUCAAUUAUUUCUUCAGGAAAGAAGGGGUAAAAAAGUGUCAUCGCGUAUACUUCAUUUCAGAAUACGAAGAUGUUUCUUUUAAGUUUGCAACGAUUUCUGCAGCCUGCAGGUUUAUCAUUUUUCUGCGACGUCUCUUUUCAUAUAUAAUAAUCUCUGUAGGUUCGUAGUUUCCACAUACAUUCAACGAUUUAAAUAACGGGAUGACAUCAGUCCUUGCUGAUGCCUAUCUCAUCAACUUACUGCUAUGACGUUGAAGAAUUAUUGAUAUGGUUAGAAUAGUUGUAUGAUUCUCCAAUGCAACACGUGGACAGCCUCCAAUCAUAUUUUCCGGUUGUGGACGGCAAACUGGUGUCACAGUCGUCUUUAGUUAUUUGGAGCAUUAGUUAGUGAACUAGAAUUGGUCUCCCUCUGCCUUACUAUUUUGACAUGGGAGGACUUGGUUUUGGUUGAACGCAAGACAAGGCAAACUGUGUAGAAUUAUUGUGUGGCAACCGUCGAUCGACGAUCGAGCAACCGUAAUGUCAACUGUUUUUAUUUUAUUUUAUUUUAUUUUAUUUUAUUAUUGUUGCUUUUAAUGGUUGUUGUAUUUAUAUUUGAUUCAUCAUUUUGUUUCGAUACAAAGAAGCAAAAUUAGGGGAGGGAAGUGCGGGACCAACUCCCAACGUACCGUUACCAUUUGGUUUGUUGUUGGUUGGGAUUUGGGGAGAAUUGCUAAGAGCGAAAGAAAGGCUACAUUUCUGCACCACAUAGCAUUGCCGAACAUAGAGCGCUUCUUUUUCUUGCCGGGCUGCCGGCUGCAUCAAUAGCUGAUGAUGUAGCUGUCGAACAGGUAGUCGAUCUUUAUUUGCAGCUAUUGGACGCGAAGGUGUGUUCUUGUAUUCUGCAGCAAUCAAUGUUCAGAAACAUUGCGCUCUCAAGUCCAACAUCUGUUGACGAACAAGAGUUUGGUUCGAAUUCGUUUAGUAUCAUAAUAA